AUGGCGGUCUCAGCUUUCCGCGGCAUGCGCUUGCCGUCCUUCCACCGUUCUCAGACUCCCGUCGUCGGGGUUGGACCAGGAAGAUCUAAUAGGCUGAUCGGACGCAGAGAUUCGAAGGGUUUUGUUCUUUUGGCGCAGUAUUCUCAAGCUCAGGAUCUUUUCACUUCUCGUCUCCAAAGCCGGAUAGAGAAUUUACCCAAACUGGUGGAGGAUAUAGUUCAGACAUCGAUAAACACAGGUCCACGUGGAGCCUUACGUAUUGUCCAAGGCAUUCAGGCUGUCGUGGGGGUUGGAGGGGAGUGGCUGACUGAUGUAUCUAAGUCAACAAAUGAAUCUGGUGGAUUACCCACUCAAUUGCAGCUUGGGUUACUCUCUCCUCGAUAUUUGAGAAAACUCUUUGAACGCAUGGGAGCUACCUACAUUAAACUGGGUCAGUUUAUAGCAUCUGCACCGACACUGUUCCCAUCGGAAUACGUCGAAGAAUUUCAAAAGUGCUUUGACAGUGCUCCCCCAGUGCCGUUUGAAGAGAUCCGGAAAAUCUUGCAAGAGGAACUCGGGAGACCCAUAGAAACCGUGUACGAGUACGUGGACCCUACGCCAGUUGCAUCUGCCUCUAUAGCGCAAGUCCAUGGGGCGAGACUUAGAGGCUCCCAAGAGGAUGUAGUCAUCAAGGUCUUGAAGCCUGGAAUAGAGGAUAUCCUAGUGGCGGAUCUGAACUUUGUUUAUGUCGUUGCCCGCAUAUUGGAGUUCCUUAAUCCCGAGCUCAAUCGCACUUCAAUGGUCGGUAUCGUCAAGGACAUUCGUGAGUCAAUGCUUGAAGAAGUUGACUUUUAUAAGGAAGCUCAAAAUAUCGAGUCGUUUAGGAGAUAUCUUGAAUCAAUGGAGUUGUCCGGGCAAGCUACUGCUCCGAGAGUAUAUAAGCACUGCAGCACCAAACGGGUUCUUACCAUGGAGAGGUUGUACGGAGUUCCUCUUACUGACCUGGAUUCUAUAAGUUCACUUGUUUCCAGUCCAGAGAACAGCCUUAUUACUGCCCUUAAUGUCUGGUUUGGCAGUCUGCUUGCUUGUGACAGCUUCCAUGCCGAUGUUCAUGCCGGGAAUUUAUGGCUUUUGCGUGAUGGGCGAAUUGGGUUUCUUGAUUUUGGCAUCGUUGGUCGGAUAUCCCCCAAAACUUGGGCUGCCAUGGAAAUAUUUCUGACGUCAAUUGCGACUGAAGAGUAUGAAGCCAUGGCAUCAGCUCUGAUCGAAAUGGGUGCCACAAACAAAGAUGUCGAUGCCAAAGCUUUUGCAAGAGACUUGGAAAAGAUAUUCUCAUCCAUCCAGGAACUAGAUACAGAGAUAAUAGUUGCUACAGGUCGUGGGACGAAUUCAGACACAACAGCUGUUGCUGCUAACGUUAUCGUGGACGAGAGACAGAUGAAUGCUCUUUUCCUCGACGUGGUGCGUGUGAGCGAAUCGUACGGGCUGAAAUUCCCGAGGGAGUUUGCACUGCUGAUGAAGCAGCUUCUGUAUUUUGAUCGGUACACGAGACUGUUGGCACCGAACAUGAACAUGCUGCAGGACCAGAGGAUCUCCAUUGUCUCCAACCGAAGGAUGGAUCGGUAUACGGACAGCAGCUUCAACUGAGUUCAUACAGAUACCCUCACUGAAUAUAUUUUCUUUUCUUUUUUUUUCCAAGAACUAAUAAUACAUCACACCAUACAGUAUAUAAAUGGUGUAAAAAGUAUUUUGACUAUCCUAUGAAGCGUUCACUAUCUGUAACUGUAAGCCCUUUUGUGUAUAAAUACGUUUUACUACAUUGCCCAAAAUAUGUUGUCGUUC